AUGUUGUCAUGCCUAUUCCAGAACUGGCCGCAUAAUCUUGGUGAAGAGCCAAGAAAUGAUAGAAAGACCAAAUGGAGUCGUUCAAAAUUGGCAACAGUUUGGCUAUCUCUUAACAAAGAAGAUGCCUUUGAGAGUCAUGCAUUGGAAUGGUUGGGCGGCCAUAGGUCAACAGAGGAGGUAGCCAAUUGA